CUUAAUCAAACUAAAUCUUGUCAAUUAAAAUAUGAAAUCUAAGUUAAGAUCAUAAAUAACCUUCAACCCGAUUUUCGCUAUAAGCGCUUGCCAAACUUCUGUUACUGUUGCGAUAUGCUUGAUCAUGUUAAAUGGGACUAUGAGUUAGGCCUAGACAUGGAAAAACAAGGAGUGGCUAAACAUCUUUACAGUGAGAAAUUACGGGCAUCGCCCAAGUACAUGCACGAUUUGAUGAACCUAGUGGGGAGCGAUGGCUUAGGGAUGCCACCGGCAAUCCAGUGGCGAUUGGAGUUUGACGCGGGCGUCAAGCCCGUUGGUCGCCAUGAGUCUUUUUUGUUGGCACUAUCGGGGCUUGGGAACCCUCGAGUAGUUCACUGCCUCAUCGAGUUGGUGGGGCUAAAAAAGCUUAAUAUCGUUGGCCAAGAGUCCUUAUCGUGGCUAGUUUGUGGGGAUUUUAAUGAUCUUUUGAGCCAAGGGGAAAAAAUUGGAGGGAAUCUUCAGCCAUAUUGGAUGAUACAAGGAUUUAAUGAAACUAUUGCAGCCUGUGGCCUAACAGAAGUACAAAUGGUUGGUGGCAACUUCACCAGGAAAAGGGGAAAGGUACUUGAGAAGCUAGAUAGGGGUUUGGCCUCAACUCCUUGGAAAUGCCUAUUUCCUCAAGGUCGAGUUCGACUGCUACCACCGUUGUCAUUGGAUCAUACCCCUCUUUGGCUUACUAUAGAUGGGCGUCAAGAGAAGCAAAAUAGACAUAGAAAGAAAUUUCAAUUUGAAGAGAUGUGGCUACGGGAUGUUGGUUGUCAAGAGGUGCUACCAGAAGUCAUCUCCUUGGAACAGAGUGCUUUCCUAUCAAAUAUACUCAUUAUUGACAAUGUUUUGAUUGCUUAUGAAGUUCUCCACUUGAUGCAUGCUAGGAAGAGAAGGAAGAAGGGCUAGAAGGUAAUAAAACUCGAUAUGAGCAAAGCCUUUGACAAAGUUGAAUGGUCACACUUAGAGGCUGUUAUGAGAGCUUUAGGAUUUGCAAAGUGAUGGAUCUCUUUGAUCAUGGGAUGUGUUUCUUCAGUUCAAUAUAAUAUUCAACUCAAU